AUGCCCGUGUUCCUCCUAGGGAGUGCUAUCUAUCUGGGUUUGAGGCUAACCCAGAUGAAGCUAUCCCACGAGAAGUAUGUCGUCGAUGCGGAGAGUCGAAUCCAAGCUCUAGAAGCUGAGAUUGCAGGCCUCGAAAAGAGCGGGCCAGAGCCUCAGGUUACUGUGACCUCUGGUUCCCAAACGCCGCCUUCAAAACCAUCGCGCUGGGGUCUGUGGUGA